UCAUACAACUAUGUAACUGAUUCUGACUUGUACACACACAAAAAAUUGGACCUCCUCUCCAAUCGAAAGGUUAGUUCCGCCAGUCAUACGUAACCUACAUGCAUACAAGAGUUACUCACUUACAGUAGACUCAGUAGAGGAUAACAUGAACCGGAUCUUAAAAUUCAAAAUCAUAAAGAUUAUUACUACCCCAUACCAUCUGCAAGUCAAUGGGGGAUGGCGGUGGGCAUGAUUCGAGCCAUUGACAACAGUCUAGAGAACUUAUCACAUGACCAGGCAGCCAUUCUGUAGUGAUAUCUGUCACAAUGUUGAUUACUCCUCACAUGUAAAGCAGGCUCUAUAGAAGUAUUCAGAUUCCUUCAUGUGCUUUUGACAUCCUUUGGUCUACUACUGACUGAGUAUGUGUUAUCAGAAACAGAUGUUUAAACUUCAAUCCAUGCUGCACAAGUUGUCUGCUUCUGUACAUCCUAACCUGCUGAGAUCUGCUUUCAGUUUUAAAAACAUUUUCCUCAAUACCUUAAUUUCCUCUGCACUAAGGAGCAAUUCCCUCAUGUUCAUAAUAUGAUGUAACAUUACUGAACUUGUUUAGCUGUGCUAUGUACUUUCUGUAUAUUAAACAUAAUUAUAGUUUGAAAAAAUCUUAAUUUUUUUGUUAAAUUAAGGAUAUCUUUUGUAUACAUAAUAUUUACAGAAACAAUAAUUCUUAGAAAAUUCUUUUACCAUGAAAUGUGUAUAACUUGCUUUUAUUCUAGUGUGCUAGAUUUGUUUGGGAUUUAGAAAUUUCAAAUACUUACAAAACCAAACAAAUCAUACACAUUAUUUUGUUAAACUAAUUUUUUUUAAAGAAGUAAGAUAAUUUGAAUGAUUAAUUAUGUUUUAGUUUCUUUAACUUGAAGUGUAUUCACCCUUGAUUUGCUACAUUUAUAGUAUAAUUACGACCUGUCAUUCUUCCAUAUUUUGUGUGUUUUAUUCCACUUUGUUUUAUUCCACUUUGUUUAAUUACACUGUCUUGUGUUCUCCAUCAUAUCAAUACAUUAUCAGAUCCGUGAGUGAAAUAAAUAAAUGUCACCUACAAACAUCUCCAUUUAUAUACCUGUGUUUAUCUAGCUUGUAUUGUUGACCAUGAUUUUACCCACCCUAAUCUUUCUUUGGAUAAUGUGUAAUCAGCAAUGUUUGUUUUUUUCUAUUAGAAACUCAUUUAAUUUAUUUCUAUUUAGUCAUCUUUUUUAAACUAAAAAAAAACUUUAAAAAAUAAUUUUGAAUUCGUAAAAUAAUUUUGAAUUCGUACUGUACUAAUAGGUCUAUGUCUAUACUGUGAAAUAUUCAUUACUUAUUUCUUGUUAUUUUUUGUUUAAAUCCUGUGAUAUAUAAUUUGUAGAUGCAAUGUUUGAUUGUUUUAUAAAAUUUCAUCUUAAAAAAUAAUAUUAAUGUGGAACUAUUUACUUGAAUAUUUAUAUUAUUUACAAACAAACUAUUUGAUUUAACUGAGUUGGACAAAGCCAAUGUAUUCUAUCAAUUAUCCCAGAAAGUUCUAACUACAGUUAAAAUGUUGCCUGUUGUUCCAAAUUUUCAUGAUUCUAUUUCUGGGACUGAGUCUAUUACACUGACCUCAUCUAUGAAGCUUAGACCAGCCAAGAAAUAUUUAGACAAUGUCAGCUGGACAAGUGACCUAACAGCAUCCAUGCAAACUACUGAUAACCAUAAUGUUUAUCCAAUCUAUGUUCCUUCUUCUUACUUCAGGUCAGAUCCUAGAGGUUUUGUACACUCCAUGCAGAUUUCUAGAGAUCAGGAACUUUCCAGCAGGAACCUAUAUAACUCAGAUGAUAAGUCAGCUUUUUCAGUCUCUGUCAGUGUUUUACCAAAACCUUCUGGUGCUGGCUAUGAUGUUCUGAGCUCAUCACAUUAUAAGGAAAAUAACCAGGCAAUUGAGGGUAUUAAUUACCCUGUAAACUUCACAAGUCCAGGAAAUAAUUACAUCUCUCUUGCUCCACGACCUCAAUCAAAGUUUGUGGUCCAAUCAGGGUCUCAGUUCUCUAGAAACAUUGCUAAUCCUGAUGUCAAAAAAAGAAUGCAAGAAAAACGAAUCAAGGCUACUGGUAAGAUGGACCAUCUCAAGUCAUCAUCAUCCACUUUUGAGUGGAGGGCCAACAGUGAACUUUCCUUUGAUUCUAUGUCUUCCUUGGCAGAAACCUACAAGAGCUCAGGAAACAGUAUUGUUUUCAGGCCCACGUCUCCUCUUCGAGAAAUGGAAUCAACACUAAGUGAACGUAACCUUACUUCAAGUCCAGUUGAUGAGAUUGAUUUUCCCUUACCAACGACUAGAAAUACACCAAUACAAGGUUUAAAAUUAGACUCAACUCAUGAUUCUGUGUUUAACUUUCAUGAAUCACUUUUUACCACACCUCAUAAUGAUUCCACUGACUCUAAUCUCUACUGUGAGACAAAAUAUAGGCCACUGACACCCAAGCUAGAAUUCAGUGAAUUAAAUCAAACACCUGGAUUAAUGUCACGUUUUAAGAAAGAUAUAAAAAAAACUGAAAGUGUACAAAAAGAAUCUAGUCAAACGGGGCCGGAUAAUAGGAAAAAGACACCAGAAAGAAGUUCAGAGAGCAAUAAUAACACAAGUCAAUGUAACUGUGGCAUGUAUCAUUCUCACACAUUCAGGAAUAUUACUUGUAGCCAUGAUUUAGAAGCCAGGAAAGAGAGGCGCCAAAAGAUUAUCCUUGAAUCUCUUAGAGCAUCUGGGGAGCACAGAAAAGAUGGUAUUGAUGACCCUAGAAAUGUGUUUUGGCUUCCUACUUUAGCCUUUCAUCCUUAUAAACACGGUGAUGCACCAGUUUCAUUUUCAUCAUUGUGGCCGACAUACAAAGACCUUCGUGAAAUCCUGCAGAACUCAGGCAUCCAGAAGACUGUCCUUAAUUCUGAUGCAGUGGUAGACUUGUGUACGUUGGCCUGUACUUGUGGACCUGUGCAGUUACUAAAGUGUUUAAUUGAUUUGGAAUUGAUUCGUGUUGAUCAAGUGCUAGAAAGUGGAUCUGGAUUGCUCCAUUUGUCUGUCUUGGCGCACAACUUGAAAAUAAUACAGUACUUAAUGAUGAAAAAAGUAAACUCAGAUAUUCGUGACAGACAAGGUCUAUCUGCUGACCAAGUGUGCUACAAUUCUCAAGUAAGGAAACACCUUGCAGCCAAAUACUUGUUAAAUAAGGACAUGUCUAAAGAUAAAAUAUUGUUGAAGCCAAGUCUCCAGGACAAAGACACUAUUUUUAAAUUGGCCAAUAACCCUAAAAUGUUUGUAGAUAUUCAGAAAAAGCUCCAGACUUUAGACUUUAAUGUGAAUACAGAAUGUGACAAUAAUGGAGACUUUUUAUUACAUCUUGUAGUUAAACAAGGUUUAAAUCAAUUGCCAUUGUUAAUGGCUCUUGUAAAGAUUCAAGGUGCAGAUAUAGAACUCUGUAAUGCAGAUGGGAUGACACCUUUGAUGAUAGCAGCAUCUACAGGAAACUUUGUUCUUUGUGAUGUUUUGAUUUGUCUGUUUGGGGCUGAUCCCAACAAACGAAAUUCUCAGUCUGGUAGAAGUGCUUUACAUUAUGCUGCAGAGGGGAAUCACAGGAAAACUGUCGAAAAUUUAAUCAAACGAGGAGCUGAUGUGAACAUGGAGGACCAUGUUGGUUUACGAGCUGAUGAUAUCCCCCAGUGUGUUUGGACCAUUGAUGAUUGUAAAGAAGUGAUUAUAUUCAAUAGAAACAAAAGAAUGGAAUCAUUGAGUCAAUCAGUCAAAAAUCAGGAUGAAAUAGAUCCUAGGAAAUUUCUGCCCUCUGACUUUUGUGUAGUUAAUUCUGAAGGCCAUACACUUAUCAUGACUGCAGCAAUAUACAACAGAUACCUUUUACUGAACUGUUUACUCGAGAUCAAUAAUGCAACCAUCGAUGCACAGCAUAACAAAACUGGAAUGACUGCUCUGGCAAUGGCAGCAAGUUUAGGCAAUGAAGAGGCAGUCAGUAUUUUACUCAGAUACAAAGCUAGUCCUAUGAUUGCAGACAUGUCAGGUUAUCUGCCCUUGCAUCAUGCAGUUCUAAAUGACAAGGAACAUACCAUUGAUAUUUUCUUGGAUCAUUUUCCAUCUACAUACAUAGGUCUUUAUAAAGCUAUGAGGAUAUGUAAGAAGACAUCUCUACACUCUAAGUUAAAAAGAGCUUGGGAAAAACGUCAAGAAGAAAUAAUAACACCCAAGUUAUUAAAUUGUGCUUUAUGUGGAGAUGCAACAGAAUUAUACAACAUUUUAGAAGAGGGUGACAAUAUUAAUCCAAAAAGUGGAACAGGAAACUGGCCUUUAUACUUAGCAGUUGAGAAUGGAAAUUUAGAUGUUUUGAAAUUAUUAUUUGAGAAAGGAGGAGACAUAAGAAAGAGACAUUUCACCACAGGGGCCACAGCUCUUCAUGUGGCAGCUAAAAUGGGCCAUCUACCCAUUGUGUCUUAUCUUCUUCAAUACUGUAAGCAGCACCACAGAAAGAUGAUAAACAAUUUACCUCAAGUAAAAGGUAAUAAGUCUGAGCAUGUUUCUCCAAACACGAGGCCAACAGUAAGUCGGAAGCGGUACUUGGAUAUAAAUGCUAUGGACAAACACAACAGAACAGCUUUACAAUUGGCUGCAGAAAAAGGCUUUAGUAAAAUUGUUGACCUCCUGUUAUCCUCUGGUGCUACAACAGCCAUGCUAGAUACAGAUGGGAAUCUACUUACUUGUCCCAAGUAUGAAGGUGUGAGAAUAAUUAUAGACUUUUACAGGGACAAGCAUACUAAACAGAUCAUGAAAUGUAUAGAAGACAAGUCUAAGAAAGGUCUAACCCUUUUACAACAAAUCUGGUUGCCAAAGUUCGACCAUCAUUUACGUGACAAAGAAGGAAACACUCCACUUAUGGUUGCAGCUAAGCGUGGAAAGACUGCAAUUCUGGAGUUUUUAUUAGAGUCAGCUGUGUAUCCUGAGAUCUCUCAAUAUGAGUCAGACAAUGAAACAGAUACAGAUACUGACUCUGGAAUGCUGGAUCAAACCAAAGAACUUAUAACAAAUGAUGAUUUGCUUAGUAGAAGUCUGGAGAUCAAGCAAUCAACCUACACACAAAAUAUGAACUUACUUAAUGAAGCUAAACUAGAUUUGGAAAGUUCAGACCAAUUAGACCCAAGACGCAAUUUAACAAGCAACUUCUCUCAAAAGGGAAUAAAAAGAAUUGUCAAGGAUUCAAAGAAACCCAAAAAAUUAUCUAUUUAUCAUGAUGGCUUAGUCAGUCAUGUAUGUGCUGUCAAUUUGUUUGAUGGUACCACAGCACUUCAUCAAGCUCUCAAAACAGCUGAUGCUCUCAACAUAGUUGUCCUAUUAGUCACUACUGAUCCGAAUGUUCUAUGCAUACAAGAUGAGAAGGGAGAGACUGUCAUUCACACAGCUAGUAGAUUGAACAGGAAAAAAUGUCUAGAGUUUAUACUGAGCCAGUCUGACGUGGACCUGAAUAUUCGUACCAAAGACGGCUGCCUACCAGAGGAAGUAGCCUCAUCCAAAGUAAUACGUAAAAUUUUAGAGAAGGCUAGAAUUACAGUUCCUUCACUAAACAGAGAAGCUGAGCUUCUACAUCAGUCAUCUGCAGCUGAGAGUGAACACUCCAGCAGUGCCAGGAGUUCCACUGUUAAUUUUGACAAAGUGCAUACACUCUAUGAAGCAUUCAAACAUGGUGAGGUCAAAUGACUAAUUAAAACUACAGAAUACUUUUUGGUUUAGGCUUUUAAAAUAUUCAAAAUGUUUUUCUAACAUGUCAUGGAUUCUUGUGAUCAAGUAGAACAUUUCAUCAAGAGACAUUGCUACUGACCAAGUCCUUAUGUAAAACUGAUUGGAAUAUUUUUUGUCAGUUGCAAUCUUAAAAAAAAAAUUCUUCUGUUUUUUUUUGCUUAACUGUUUUUUCUUUUUAUUAUUCAUAUAUAUAUAUAUAUAUAUAUAUAUAUAUAUAUAUAUAUAUAUAAUUUAAAAAAUUAAUAUUAUGAAUUGCAACAUCAUUUGUUAUUUGUUCUAAACUUUCAAUGACACAUGUCAUUUUGGUUUUAUUGUAAAAUUCUUUUUUAUUUAUAUACUUCAACAAUAUCCUCCCUCAUAUCUUUGAUAUUUGAAAAUCUCUGCUUUUCUGUCAACUGAUUAAUUUGAUUGGAAUGUUCUGAUGCUGUUCAGGACUACUCUUGGUUUCUUGCUUUGGAUUGUAUUGUUUCCAUUUUUUUAUGUAAAAAAUUAAUAUUAAUGUUUUUAAUAGGAAUAGUCAACAUCAUUAUGUUACUAAAUAGAGCUGCCAAGAGUUAUACAGUAAGAUUUUCUAAUGGUUUAAGCUCUGUAUAACUCAUGCUGUAUAUAUCAAUGCUCUCUGACCUAAAGCCUACAAUCUGUUUAUAUAAUAGCAAAUGUUAGUGUGAAGUUUGAACAUUUAUGAACAGAUUUGUGAAAUUAUUGAAACUGUUACAAGUAUAUAUUAAAUUUGAUGUUUCAUCAUUUUGUUCAAUAUUUCUUUUCUUGAUACUAGUAUUGGUUGGUAAAAAUCUAAAGUUUUCAUACCUCAUUACUGUGUAUCAGAUGAAACUAAACAAUUGAAUUUAUUUGACAUCUUCAUUUCUUCAGAUAUUUAUUUGUAACUGUAUGUAAUAGACAUCAGGCUUUGAAGUGUGUGUUAAACUAUAUAGUAUUUCAGUCAGACUUCUGUGUUUUAUCUUAGCAGAGUUUAAGUCACUGAUCAACAUGCAUGACUAGAUUAACACAUUAAAUGCAUAGGACCUGUAAUCUAUAAGAUAAGAUUGGAAGAUCUGUUUGUGUUAUAUUUUUUUUUAUAUUUAUAAGUUCUCAUGACUGUUUCCUACACUAUUUUGAUAUUAUAUUCUAAUCAUUCUAAAGGGAUUUAUGUGCAAUGUAUGAAAUUGUCAUUUUAAAAUAGUCUAACUUUGCUUCAUAAUUUUAAAAAAUCAGUGUCCAUAAAUUUUGUUUUUGAAACUUACUAACUGUUUGAGAUUAUCAAAUUUUUUUUUUUAUUCAAAAAUCAAAUCAAACAGAAUGAAAAAAAGCUAAUAUUUAAAAAGUAUACCUUUAAGAAUGUAGAUCUAAAAUAGAAUACAACUAAUUGGAUGUUUAAGGAGCUGUUCACCCUAGUUGUUAUAGAUAAUUAUUUUGUUAAUACAUCUUUAAAGUAUACCAUUGAUUAUUUUUAAUUGAUUGAUGUAUAUAUCAAGAAGACAUUUACAUAUUUAUUUUAAAUUAAUGUUUUCAGCAAUAAAAGUUAUUUAGAAUUCUCCAAUGUUUACAAAAUAUUUACAAACUUUAUGCACUAGAUAUAUAAAAAAAAUUGACUUAAAUAUAAAGUUUAAUACUUAAUAAAUCUCACAAUGUGAUAUCUACAUUCCAGAAUGAAUGCAAUGUCAAUACAUCUAUUGAAUGGUUGAACUGUAAUGCCAUUUGAUAUAUUUGUUGAAAAAAGCUACUUGUGAUUCAAAUGUAUUUAUCAUUUUAAGCUGAAAUAAACUUAAGCUCACUAAUACAAAUAA